GAGGAGGAGGAGGAGGAGGAGGUGGAAGAGUAAGAGGAGGAAGAGGAAUACUGCAUCGUCAGAGUGAACAAGAGUAGCAGCAGCAACAUUAGGAAAAUAGGCGGGUGAGCUUAAUGAAGGGAGGAGGGAGGAGAGCAGCAGCACUUUGGCAGCGUCCCAUACCCGCCUCGCCCACCUCCACCAGUGUUACCACCACCACCUCUAUGUCAUCGGGAAGCUCUACAUUUCCUUAAGCAGCGGCGACAUGACGGGGUACACAGUGCGGGGUAAGACGAUGAUGGUGUCAAAGGUAACGAUGAUAAUGACUUUGCUGCUUAUGACCUUGGGGAUGGCGGCGACCUCCAGUGAUUCGAGCUCAGUCCCCAACGGCCCCCUACGCCACCUGCUAAAGGGAACCUUCGUCCUCUACGCCAACGGGAGGCGGAGUGAGAGAGACAUGCCAGAGUGUUCCUCAAAGACAGAGGCGUGCAACCUGGCACAUCGCCGCUACUGGAUCACACCCGUCACGGAGCGGCUCUGUCGGUGCAGCGACCGUUCUGAGUGUCCCCUGCACUUCACUGACCUUCACGACCCUCUGUCUCAGCAUGUCUCAAAUAGAGCUCAAUUCAAGUUCUGUGGACCAAUAAUGGAGUCACUGCCUCAGUGCAAGGAGGGCGAGAUAGCACUCAAGAUGCUGAUCAUCGAAAGGAAAAGCCAACUGCCAUAUGAAAGCAGCAAUUCCCCAGAGGGCCGUGACACACACAGUACACUGUUAUGCCGCUGUCCCUGGCCUCGAUCCUGGAGCCUGGCCAACAUUACCACCACUGAUCCUUCCAGCAGUGAGAAAGUCUCUUUUUAUAAAUGUCAAAAGCUUCCGAAGUGUAGAAGAGGUGAUCAAUGUGGAUACAUCAGGGAAGAUACACUAGAGACCUACUACUCAUGUUCCUGUCCAGAGCAUCAUCUGUGUGUAUUCAUGGGGCCUCAGAAACCUACUGUUACUUCCAUGCUUCACUACCAAGGGAAUGUCUACACUGGACACUGUACACCUCACUGAUGUGUCUGAAGAAUUUGUCAAGCCUCCCAUACUGUUCAUCCUUGUAUUAAAGAUGAACUCUUAUAUGCCCAUGGAGGAAACUCAAUAGGUAAGACAGACUUGCAUCAGGAUAUCCAACCUUGUUCAUUUGGCAAAUAUCAAGCUUUAGCAAGCCCACUUCAAAGAUAACCAGGGAGUUUGAAGUAAUAACGAAAAAAUGGCACGGUAAUAUCAAGAAGUAAUGAGUAGAUAAAUCUGUAUAAAUAUUUAUAAAUAAAUAAUUUAUACGUAGAUAAAAUAAAUAUCAAGUACCCAUGGGCACAAUUUUAUGGUAAUGAUGAUGGGGCUGAGAAUGCUGACCGAUGUUAUUUUGACUUUCAACAUUAUAGUUUUAUCACAACCUCC